GGUGAGUUACACAACACCAUCCGUCCACCUUCGUUUUAGCCCUGUUCAAUGCGCUGUAGAGGUCACUCUUCUGUCCCGUGCCUAAGUCGCUUAUAAGCCUAUCUGCAAUGUACGGUAUGAGCCAUGGGUGCGUCAGAGUCGAAAUUGGUAUUCAAGCAAGGCAUCUUCAGACUCUCAGAGGAGCGAAACAUUGCAGCCAAUGACCCAUAUUGGACAAAUUUCUGGGAGCUACCUGAAUCCGCCGAGGAUGUCUUCAGCCUCUUCUCCCAUACCGAUAUACGCAGGACCCGAGAUUCUGCGCUCGAGAACCUCGAAACCCUGAUCCUAGCCGUUACAUCGCGCCUGAUCGUGUUGAAGAACCACCCCUCGUUCCCAGAUCCUGAUCUUGCCCCGGAAAGGGACGCUCUUAAUUGUAUACGAGUCCUGACCCGACUCCUGCCAUACGUGUAUGAGGUAGAUGACUUGGCAGAAUGGGAAGAGAAGUUUUUCUGGGGCUUGAGGCGGCGCCGGACGAGAAGGUCACAGGUCUCAGGCGAAGUGCUGUUCGACGACAAUCAGAUCGAGGGAAACACUCCUACAGACAAUCGUGAGCAGGAAUUCGAGGAUGUGAAACCACUCGCGGAAGAACUUAUAGAUACUUUGACCGAUCUCCUCUUCUAUGCCGGUUUCACGAUCCCUGACCUACCGCAGGCAAAGAGCAAGGUUACCUACGCAAUCUGGCAGAGUGGUGUGGGCUGCAAAUCCUCCAUACCCACCAACAAAGAACUCGAGAGCAAUCGAUGCGAGGUCCUCAGGCUUCUUCUGACCCUAUCGAGCAAGGCGAUGUACACGCAUUCCAAUCUUCUUCCUGUUCAAGGCGUCCGAGCGAUCACAUACCUAGCCACCUGUCCAGACAAGCAGAUUGUUCUCUCCGUUCUGUGUUCUUUGAUCAAUACCACGAUCAAAUCCAAUCUCGGCUCAUGGCGUCUUCCCUACGACCAUGUGGUUCGCAAGGACUCCAAGCAAACCCUUGUCGUCUACAGCUUGCAACUCCUCCUCGUCCUUCUGCUGUAUCCGGUCCCAGAGAGCGGAAAUGGUCCUUCUCCGAAGAACUUCUACCGCCAUUAUCUCGGUCGACUACAUAGACCGGAGGAUUUUCAGUUUCUCGCCGAUGGUAUGACUCGAGUUUUAAGCCAACCAAUGCAGGCUACGACCUCCUACCUACCUGGAAGCCAGAAGUCGGUCAAGUGGGCUCCAGAAAUGAUUAUGCUCUUCUGGGAAGUACUCCAGUGCAACAAAAGAUUCCGGGCUUUUAUCAUAGAGUCCAAUCGUGCGCACGAUUUCGUCAUUCUCAUGCUGUUCUAUGCUAUCGAAUACAAGACCGACGCGUCCAAGCAAGGUAUUGUGAGAAUGUGCGUUUUCGUUCUCCAAACCAUGAGCGUCGAGUCAACCUUUGGGAACAAUCUCAACAAAAAGUUUGAAGCACAGGAUACGUUGCCUCCAUCCAUUCGUUUGGCAAAUUUCAAAGGCACCUAUGCGGAUUUCCUGAUCACGUCGAUUCACACACUCAUUACAGGGAGCAAGGGCAAACUCGAAGCAAUUUAUCCUGCCUUGCUAGCCAUCAUUAAUAAUAUGGCAGCAUACGUGCAACAUCUGUCUUUGGCAGCAAGCACCCGAUUGGUGCAGCUACUCGUGUCAAUGUCCACACCAAGCUUCCUUCUUGCGAAUGAGAGCAACCAUGUCCUACUCCGGGCACUACUGGAAUCUAUCACUACCAUAAUAGAGCACCAGUAUGCGUCCAAUGCCAAUCUGAUAUAUGCUGUCUGGCGGUCAAGGAAACGUAUCGAGGGCUUGAGACAGUUUACGCUGGAAGGAGGUCAAGCAGAAAUUGAACGAGCUGCUCAACGUCGCAAGGAGAGCGCUCUGGGCGACAACACACAUGGUGUAUCCAGAUCAUCUACCAUGGAAAACCUGUCUUCGCCGGUACCUCGCAGUGGAAUGUCGCCAAACCCAGAAAGUGCAGUGGACGGAACGUUCGCCAUAGGAGAUUCGGACGACUCGGACAAUGAAGAGCCACCGACUCCUUCUCAGUCAACACACUCCAUGCAGACCUCUCGGACACCUUCAAUAGCCUCGUCAUCCAUACCUGAAGACCACGUUCCCGUCCAGCUUUCGGGCAUGUCAGAAAAGGCCAGGGGUAAGAUGCCUGCGAACGCCCCAACAUUCUCCCGACAAAACAGCACAACCAGCCUUUCGGGUACUUCGACAUAUGUCGCAGGCCGUGGCUCGUUCACGGCCACUACAGAAUGGCUAGAGAGCUGGCUACCCGAACUGCCGCUUCACACUCUACUUACUGUAAUCAAAGUUCUCUCGACGCAUCCGUUGGCAUCACCACGAGUUAGCAAUGCGGGAGCGACUCAUGGCGAUACCACAAACCCUCCCUCGGUCGCUUCCUCGCGUCGCUCAUCCCUUACUGGAGGCGACGAGCCCGCGACGAUAAACUCCCCCACUGCAAGUCCAACCGACUUCCGCUCUCAGAUUCCCUCCACAGCCACGCACCCCGCUAUCGCCGCGAUCCUUGCUUCCCCAUCCCCCAUUCGAGUACACCUUUUCGAGUGGUCGCCGCUCUCCCUCGGCUGGUACAUGUCCGUCCUUUGGUCACUGAUAUUCACCGCGGAAAUGACCAUCUCACCGACCUCCAGCACAGCAGCUACGUUGACGGGAAGUGGAGUGAUGGCUGGGCCGGUUGGCGUUUGGAACGGGACAAACGUGAAGUUAUUCCAGGUUGCGACCGAGGGCAGAAGAGAAGGCCCAAGCUUAAGCCAGCCAAGAGGAGCGGUGGACGCUGUGGGCAGUCGGAUUGUGCAAGGGGUUCAGGGGUUGAACCUCGGCGGUCUGGUCUCUAGAGUGGGAAGUGGAGUGAGAAGUGUCAGUGCGACCAAUAUUACUGACGGUGCUGCACCAGGCAGAGGCACCACAAGAGAAGUCUGAUCUCGCUGAGCAUUUGCAACAUCUGGGACUUGAGAGUGGUCGGUCAGGGUAGACCAGGCGCUGGUGCUGCGGUAUGAAGCGUUGAGAGAUGAAGAGCAAGACAUGCAGUUCACGACGAUGGCGUUUUAGAAAGUCCCCUUUUCUCAGGCAUGGGCGUCCCUCCUUGUUUUAAAUCUUUCUCUAUUUCCCCGGUUUGGCGAAUGUUCUCGGGGGUUGUGGACGAGCGAGCCCUUUUCAGACACCGGCGAUUACUAGGUAGGUAUGAAUCAAGUACGGCGUCUGGCGUGCGUGGGUGGUUUGUUAGAGGCCGAGCCCUCAUCCUCGAUUUAUAGUCGACAUGAAGGACAUGAAAAUGCUUUUCCCUUUUGGCUCGAGAGAAACGUGGAGCGGGAAGAGG